ACUUCCCGCUUACGGCUUAACAGUCAAGACAAGUCAUUUCUUCAUCUUUCUUUUUUCGCUGCUUUUGGGUUAAAGAUUAAAGCUUGAAUUCGCUGCCCAGAAGAAGGUAUUCUUCGUUUCUUUCCCAUUGACGGAUUGAUUUCAUGUUUCCUUGCAGCCGCAAACAUUUCUCUUCUGGGUACCAAGAUUUGUUGCUUUUAAGAUUUCAUCGAUGCCAUCGGAGUAACUCUAUUGAACCCAACGAGUUUAUGAACUAGGUUUUCUCUUCUUCAGUUUCUUAUUCUUGACUAAUUUCAUACAUUGUUUAUUAACCGUUGAUAAGAGACGUCAUUAUGGACGACGAUAUCUAAUGAUUUCGGACUUCAGUCCAGAACAUUUAUUGUCGAUUGAAUUUGUUCAAAUCGGGCGUUUCGAUUUGUUGAAAUCGGGUGUUUCUUUUUUCUUCUGUUGCUUUAACGAAACUUGACUAAAUUAGUGCAUCUGGGUGGGAGUUCUCAGAGGAUGAAGAGGCCAAAAUCUGAUAUUUCUAGUUUAAGGAGGCUGAAAUUGCCUUCAAUUUUGUUGGGUAUUGCUGUGUUUUACUUGCUUUUCAUCUCCUUCAAGUUCCCUCGUUUUCUCGAGAUUGCUACCACGCUGAGUGGUGAUGAUACAUAUUUGGUUACUCGUGAGAGGUUUGAUGAGAAUCCCAGACAUGAUGAUUUGAGAAAACCCCAUGUUUCUGUUUACAAAGAUACGAUCAACCAAGCAGCACCGUCGACGCCACAGGCGAAACCUAUUCAAUUUAACUAUGGGAGAAUCACGGGUGAGAUAAUGAGGAGAUGGAACAGGACGAACGGUCAAUCUGUAUUUGAUCGAAUGGCUGAUGAGGCCUGGGCUUUAGGUUUGAAGGCAUGGGAAGAAGUGGAUACAAUUAAUGGAAGAAAUAUAAGCCAAAAGGCUAUUAUACCUGAAGGGAAGCCUGAAUCAUGUCCAUCAUGGGUAUCUAUGAGUGUUGAAGAAUCACAGCAGGGAGAUCUUAUUAUGUUCCUUCCUUGUGGUCUUUCUGCGGGUUCUUCCAUUACAAUUGUGGGAACACCUCAUUAUGCUCACGAUGAGUAUGUGCCUCAGAUGAAAAGGAUAAGAAGUAAUAUGAAUGGUAUGGUCCCGGUUUCACAAUUUAUGGUUGAAUUGCAAGGUUUGAAAUCAGUGGUUGGGGAAGAUCCGCCAAAGAUUCUUCAUCUGAAUCCUCGAAUUAGAGGUGAUUGGAGCAACCGAUCUGUCAUUGAGCACAACACCUGUUAUAGGAUGCAGUGGGGUACAGCUCAAAGGUGCGACGGUUUACCAUCUAAAACUGAAGAUGACAUGCUUGUUGAUGGGUAUAUGAGAUGUGAAAAAUGGAUGAACAGUGAUAAUUCUGAUUCAAGAGAGUCAAAAACAACAUCAUCGUGGUUAAAGAGGUUUAUUGGGCGUGCACAGAGGCCUGAAGUGACAUGGUCGUAUCCUUUGUCAGAAGGAAGACUUUUUGUCCUCACGAUCCGUGCAGGCAUGGAUGGUUUCCACAUUAAUAUUGGGGGUCGGCAUGUCAGUUCAUUUCCAUAUAGAACGGGGUUUACCCUUGAGGAUGCAACUGGAUUAGCUAUUAAAGGUGAUGUGGAUAUUCAUUCAGUUCAUGCCACUUCUUUGCCAACAUCUCAUUCUAGCUUCUCAGUCCAAAGGGUGUUAGAAAUGUCUGAACAAUGGAAAGCCGAUCCUUUGCCCAAAAUUCCCAUUAGACUUUUCGUUGGAAUCAUUUCUGCAACGAAUCACUUUGCUGAGAGAAUGACUGUUAGAAAAACUUGGAUGCAGGCCUCGGUUAUCAAGUCCUCAAAUGUAGUAGUUCGUUUCUUUGUUGCAUUGAGUCCAAGAAAAGAGGUGAAUGCAGUUCUGAAAAAAGAGGCUGAUUAUUUUGGAGACAUUGUGAUCUUGCCAUUUAUGGAUCGCUACGAACUGGUAGUUCUUAAAACUGUUGCAAUCUGCGAGUAUGGGGUUCAAAAUGUAACUGCUGCAUACAUCAUGAAAUGUGACGACGACACCUUUGUGAGGGUUGAUACUGUCUUGAAAGAAAUUGAUGGGGUUUCUCCCAUACGACCCCUUUAUAUGGGCAAUCUCAAUCUCCAGCAUAGACCACUUCGGUAUGGGAAAUGGGCAGUGACAUAUGAGGAGUGGCCAGAAGAAGUUUAUCCUCCUUAUGCAAAUGGGCCGGGGUAUAUUAUUUCAAGUGAUAUCGCCAAGUAUAUUGUUUCUCAACACACGAAAACACAAUUAAGGCUAUUCAAGAUGGAGGAUGUAAGCGUGGGAAUGUGGGUUGAGCAGUUCAAUACUACAAGACCGGUUCAAUACUCGCAUAAUUGGAAGUUCUGUCAAUAUGGAUGCAUGGAAGAUUACUAUACUGCCCAUUAUCAAUCCCCUAGACAGAUGAUUUGUUUGUGGGACAACCUUUCAAAGGGGCUGCCCCAUUGUUGCAACUUUAGAUGACCCCGGAAAAAUUCUGCCCGGUUUAACUAUAUUGUACAAGUUUGACUUCCUUUUUCCUCGAGGUAAUUUGCCCAUUCAUGCUUGCGAAAGAUAGUUAUGUUGCGGUGAAGUAGUUGUCUUCUUCUCGAGCAUUUCUAGAUCUAGAUUCAGAUAUCGGGGCAAACAUUUAUUGGCUUUGUUAAGCCAUAUAUUGGUGUAAAUUGUUAUAUGUUUAGAAGAUUUGAUUUGUCACAUUGUGCAUUAUUGAAUUAAUGUAAGGUUGAUAUACAGUUUCUUGUUUAUUGC